GCAGCUGCAAUGCAAAACCGAGCACGCAUACGUGGGAAUAUCGCAGUAAAGACAAGAUACAACUAUUGCAAUGCUGUGUUUCCUCUGGGAUUUAACUGACUUCAAUGGUUUUAUUGUAGGUUGAAGCUCUGGUGUGUAACUUCUUUAUUUGUGAAGAGGAGAUACAUUUCUACUUCAUUCGUGGCUUUUGAACGGAAUGAAUGACCAAGACAAAGGUUGACACCGGUUCCCCGACGCAUUUUGUGUCGAAGGAAAAGAGGCAAAAGCAGAAAAUGGAAAGCAGCACGGGCGCGCAAGCGUCUUCAACACCCACCGAGCAGCAACCGCCCGGGCAGCCGGUGCAAACGCACGAGAUAAAAAAAAUACACCGGGCACCUUCUCCCGCAAGACCUAAAGAUGUGCCGGGGUGGUCCCUCACUAAAAUCCGAGGAGGUAUCGGCACACCGACGCUGAGCGUCAAACCGGGCGCGAUAUAUUUGGGCGGCCGCGUGUCCAGGCGCAGCCCGAUAACCGGGAAAGAAACGAAAGCGGAGAAGAGCAAACCCGCGCUAACCCUGACCGGUGCACAGAAAAGCAGCAUGAAGUCUAAUAAAAGCAGUCGGAGAAAAGUGUCAGACGCCAGUAUCGGAUCAGACGAUCUGAGCAAAGACUCCGGCUGUGCUCCGGGAAAACUCUCACCCACCGACAGCAGCUCGGAGCUUUCCGACUGUGCCUCCGAGGACAAUAAAGUAUUCACGGACGCGCUCAGCAGUGACACCGAGACCAGCAGCCGUGGCGGGAUAGAUGGGGACAAAGCCGGAGCGGAACAUGGACUGUUGGAUAAGAGCGGUCAAGCCAGGACCGGCGUGGAAAAGGACCGGCUCUCCAUGGGAGUCGAAACCGGAGAAGAAAGCAUCUCUCCCGGCGACGAGCGCUCUCUCACCUCGUUGGACAGCAGGAUGCUUGCCAGCACAUCUUUAGCGUUUUCAGACCUGACUGAAGAGAUGAUGGAUGGGGUGCAAGAGGAACUAGUCAGGGAAAUUGAAGAACUAAGAUCGGAGAAUGAUUAUUUAAAGGAUGAAAUGGAGGAGCUCCGCUCCGAGAUGCUGGAGAUGAGGGACAUGUAUAUGGAGGAAGAUGUUUAUCAACUCCAGGACCUCAGACAACAGCUGGAUCAAGCAAACAAGAACUGUCGAAUCCUUCAGUACCGUCUCAAAAAGGCAGAGAGACGGAGCAUCCGUGUGGCUCAGACCGGACAAGUGGACGGGGAGCUCAUUCGCACGUUGGAGCAAGACGUCAAGGUGGCAAAGGACGUGUCCAUCCGCCUGCACAAUGAGCUGGACGCUGUGGAGAAAAAGAGAUCUCGUCUGGAGCAGGAGAACGAGGAGCUGAGGGUAAAACUACAGGACCUGGAGAUCGCCAAGCAGGUCCUGCAGGCAGAGAUGGAGAAGACCAGAGAGAAUGUGAAGAAAAGGGGAGCCAGGCCAAACAACAAACCUGAUAAAAAAGCAUCGCCUCAGCCUCCUGAGGACAGUUCAGACCUUAAAUGUCAACUUCACUUCGCCAAGGAGGAGUCAGCCCUCAUGUGCAAGAAGCUCACCAAGAUGGUGAAAGACAACGAGGCCAUGAAGGAGGAACUGGGAAAGUUUCGUUCUCUCUACGGUGAGGUCGAUGCCUCGCUUACGGUGGAAGAGGUUGCCGACUCCCCUCACACCCGUGAGGCGGAGGUCAAGGUUCACCUGAAAUUGGUAGAAGAAGAGGCAAACCUUCUGAGUCGCCGAAUCGUUGAGCUGGAGGUGGAGAACCGUGGCCUUCGCGCCGAAAUGGACGAAAUGAAGAUCCAGGAAUCACCUGGUGGGGUCGGGGUGGCGGGGGGAGUCGGAGGUCACCUGCUGCUUUCCUCUUCAGCUGAAAAUGUGAUGGAGCUACAACGACACUUACAGUUUGUGGAAGAAGAGGCGGAUCUUCUGCGUCGUUCCCUGAUUGAAAUGGAAGAGCAGAACAAGCUCUUGAUGAACGAACUCAAUCACUACAAAUCUGAGCUUCCUGUUGUUACAGAGAUCGAGCCGUCCUCACCCGCAUCCAUCACUUCACCCACAAUCAUUAUUGGUGCAUCCGAAGAUGCAGGAUUGGGCCUAAAUGAAGCCAACCAUAAAGAGUUGUUAGCUGCAAGGUUGCAAAUCGCAGAGCUGAAUGGAAAGGUCAAGAAAAUCCAGUAUGAGAAUCGCGUUCUUCUCUCCAACCUCCAGCGGUGCGACUUGGCCUCCAACCAGGGCUCUGCACGUCCAGCAAUGGAGACCGAUGCCGAAGCAGGAGACUCGGCCGAGUGCAUCCCAAGCCAGGCACACCGCGAAGGGCCGGUCGGAGAUGAGCAUGUUGAUAUUCUGGAGGAGAAGAUUCAGAAAGGUCACAUUCAUACCUCCCAGUGCCUCAGCGUUAAAGACCUCCUCGCUAUCCGCGACCAGGCGCAAAUAGUUACCUCAGCCAUUCAGCUUCUGACAUCGUCCGACUCCGAUGCCAUCUAUCGCAAGAUUACAGCCAAUGAGUCUGCAGAACCGGAGAAGAGCCAGGUCCAGGGUUCAACGUUACCCUUGUUGGAGGCCCUUCAUGGUAGACUGCAGUCCCUCCAGGCUCAGCUGCACGCCCUCAGUGAAAAGGUGGACACUCUGGGUCAAUCCUCUGAGAAAGAAACCGUGGAUGGGAUAUCCCAGAUGCCCUUGCUGUCCGAGUCAGAGGACACAGCUGAUGCUCAAGUUGACCACAUCACAGCCUUACAGAAGCCCGACUCUAGAGACCAGCCAGACUGUGAGGGCAAAGUUCACACAUGCAACGCAGAAGAAGAGAAAGACAGCAACAAGGAUGAGGAGCCAGACAUCAAACAGGGAAUCAAAGCUGAUCUGCUAUCAGAGCAGGUCGGCGAGCUUCACGCUUUGUUGUCUGAAGAGAGAGAAAAGGCUCAGGGUGCGCAAGACGCGCUGUCGCAGGAGAGACAGGCACGCCACAGCGACACACACAAACUCUCUCAGCUUCAAGAAGAGCAUCAAAAGGCUCUCCUACGUCGAGACUUCCAGUUGCAGAGUCUGAGCCUUCAAACGCGUCUACAGCAGAAGCUGUGGUGUCAGGAGAGGAACCUGCUGGUGCAGGAAUCUCAGCAGCUCAAGGAGAGUCUGCUCCUCAUCAGCCUUAAACUACGCUGGCUCCUCAAACAGUGGAGGGUGGGCAAAAAACUGGACAUGGAGAGCAAGGAUAUUUUGGAGGUUAAUAGUGUGAAGGAUCUCCGGCUCCUGCUCGAGGAAGAUGGGCUUUCUACACACUAUGGAGACAACAAGAUGUCUGCUGCUGAGGAGCAACCACUUAACGCCACACCCAAAGAUCAUAGCCUUGCAGAGAAAAUGUGCCCACUGCAGCCCAGCGGGUUUGGCAGUACUUUGUCUGAUCUGAAGGUGGCGCUACAGGAUCUAAGCGCUGAGCUGCGUGAGGAGCGUCAGAGUUCGCAGGAGUUAACGCAGCAGUUUGCCCGUGCAAAAGCAUCAUGGGAAGUUGAACGGAUGGAACUCAAGAGCAUCAUCACUCAGCUGGAAGGAAAGGUGGGGAAGGUGUCUGUGGCUGGCGGUGAAAAAGAUCCUUCUGACCUUAAAGAAGCGCUGAAAAAGGAGCGAGAGGAGCAUCAACACCUGCUGGCGGACUCUUACGCUGCUGUGAUGGACCUCACCAAGCAGCUGCAGAUCAACGAGAGGAACUGGAGUCGAGAGAGACUGGAGCUUCUGGAGCACUUUAACCAGGAAAGAAGCCAGUGGGAACAACGUUUCCGAGAAGCCCAGAGCAAAGGCACACAGCCCCUUCAUGAUAAAACCUCAGAGAAGGAAACAUCAACAGAUGGAGCCAACAACAGUUCAGCCAUACAAAGGACCAAAUCAAUUUCCGCCCUCUCAGAAUGUAAGAAUCUAUUGGACACCAGUCUCUUACUUCUUGGUCACAAGGUCAGUGGAGUACAAGAGGAGAACGUUGUAGAGCACCCUUCUUCUGCUCAUGCCUUCCUGUUGACACGUACUGACUUGAGCGAUCUCAACAACAAGAAUUGGAAGUACCUGACCGGCGAUUCUGCCAUUUUGGAGAAAGGUGACCAAUUCAAGACGUGGGAUUGCCCAAGCACUAACUCCAACAGCAGCUUCCCAGGAUUGGAGCUAAGCAAGGAGUACGUCCAGAGAAGCUACACUGCUCCGGAUAAGACUGGCAUCCGCAUAUAUUACAGUCCUCCAACGGUGCGGAGAAUGGAAAGGAGGUCGGCCAAGCAAAAGACCCAGCAGAUGUCCCAGCAAGGGUUUGGGUCUAGGGACGCUGCCAUGAUGGACCAAUCAGACCAGUUCCCUGUAUCUGCACCCUUAGUGGCAACUUCAUCAUCAGCUUAUGAGCAGUGGUUGAGUUCACUUUCACAGCAGCAUAGAGACCUGCUUGAGGGACGGACGGGAGGUUCUGCUCCAUUCCACGGACUUGAGAUUUUAGGGAACCUUAGCGAUGACAUGAAGGAAAUGACCAACUGUGUGCGACAGGCCAUACGCUCCAGUUCCCUGGAGAGGAAGUGCAGCAAAGAUACUGGGAGCCAGACUGUGGGUGUUUCUAGCACAGGAACGCAAACAACGCAAUUCGUCAGCAUUGGCCUACAAACAGACGGCCCCAUUCCGACAACUAGAGGCCUUCAAGGGAAAGUGUGGUCUCCUCGCCCGUCCACCUCACUUGUAUCUGCACGUUCUCGACAGAUCUCUUCCUCACUGGACAAAGUCCACAGCCGCAUAGAUAGACCCUGUUGCUCACCCAAAUAUGGUUCACCUAAACUUACCCGCAGGGUAUCCACCUCGUCUUCUAAACUUGAGACCUCCUCCACAUCUUCAAGGGAACGUAGUGUCUGGAAUCUGAAUAACCGUAACGGAUCUCAGAAUGGUUCCGCUUGGGCACGUUCCACCACCACCCGUGACAGUCCAGUACUUAGUGGCGUCAAUGAUGGAUUAUCCAGUCUUUUCAGUGUGGUGGAACAUUCGGGAAGUGUUGAGUCCUUAUGUAGAGCAGAUCCGUGUCCAGGGAGACAAGCUGCUGGCAAACCCUCCUGUCCUAGCAUGGGUAUCGGCCUGGGAGAAACAGGAGCUCCGAAGUAUGGCAUGAUGCAGGACUUCAUUCGCAAUGUUUGCAGCAGGACAGGAGCCGUGGACGAACCAAAACCCGAAUGCCUUCCUGGAGCCUUGAUUGCGACUGACAACAUCACAAAAAUUGUCAAUAAAAGGUUUAUGAAAACACAAAGAGACGAGCCACUGGUAGCCACUGGAAAGGACGCAAUGAGUACAAGCUGUAUUGCCUUGGAGGAUUCGGUUUGUGACUGUACAUCACAGAACCUCACGUCAUGUAUCGCCCGGCACUCUCGUACCACCACACGUCACAUACAGGGCCAGUGCAAACACCGCGCGCAAGAGACGUCUACGGCAAACGAAGAACGACCGGAUACCAGUAAUGAGUGAUGGACCUCAUGAACCAUAAUAAAAACUCUUUUACACGCACUGCCACACAAGUGCACUGCCACAUACCACCCAGACAUGCAUAUUACUUCGCACCUUCAGAAGAUUUCAGGAUAACACAAAUGGGACACUUUUCCUAUAUAAUCCAGACCUCAAUCUAACCAGCACACUUUAUUGCCAAGGAAGGGGGGGACUUCACCUCUCCUUUAGGACCACCAACUUACUGUCAAUCAGUAAGAUUUCAUAUUUUCAGUUAAUUCUUGAGUAAACCAGCCAGUCCUGCCUUUUGAAACCCACCGUUCUACCAUUCCACAGUCAACCAGCCAGACCUCGCAAACUCUGCCAUUACUCUGUUCUUCAUUCAGCCAAAGGACAUAGGAAGACUUGACUAACAACAACCCAAAAUGUCAGCAGUGCUUAAUAAAAUCAUGUAGAUAUAAAGAGAAAAAUGCAGCAUGCACCUGAACUACACAAGAGCCUCAAAAUGGCUUCCAUUCAUCAGAAAACUGCCCACAGACAGCAUUGCUCCUAAAAUCUGUACAAUUCUCCAGCAACCAGGCCUUGAUGCAGUGAAAUUCAUCAUAUUGCAUUAUGAAUCUGUGUUUUGAUAAAUAUUCUUCUUAUGCUGUUUGAAGAUGUCUAUAGAGAGCAUGCUGGUAGCUGUAGAGUAGAGAGAUACAGUACGGCAGCAGUUGUUUUGGUACAUUGUACUGUAAGUGUGUGAACAUUAACUUUGAAUUUUCUGUCCUCUUGCCUCGUCCACAUGAAGUUGCUUCAUUCAUCUUUUGUUGUACAUCUCCAUCUUCUGCCAUUAUGCUUUUAUAAUCCUAUUGGAUGUUAAUCAGUGUAGAUGUCGGAGGAGUAAAAAUGAGGCUUUGAGAAUUGGAAGUACGGUACAGUGCUGAAUAGCCUAUGCUGUUACGUUCCCAGAUGUCUUUUGUGAGGCAUCAAAAUGCUGAAAAUACAUAUUUCCCAAAGUAAAUUUCAGUUGACGAAUAAUCUUUUGGAAAACAGGUUUGAUCUUAAAGGAAUAGUUCACCUAAAAAUUAUGUUUAUGUUGUUACAAACCUGAAUAGAUGUGACCUUUUACGUCAUGCCGCCAUCUUGAGGACCUACCAAGUACCAGUAGGCUACUGACAAGCAUUGGCUAGCUUGCUACGAUUUACGGAUUUCUUAUCUUUUACUGUCUAUGAUUCUUACGGAUACAGUAAAUGGCUACGAAAGACAACAUGUCGCACCUCGACUGUCAUAAAAAGAAACGCUACUUAAUAUAUCUUGGUUAGGGUGUGAUGCCUACUUGAUCCGUGAUGCAUUCUUCCAGCCACUGUUCGCUGCUACCGAACUAGCACUAUUUUACAACAUAAGAAGGCGCGACACCACAUGAAACUUUGCUGGAAGUAUCACCUGGAUCUCUACUCAUGAACGUGAGCAUUGAGAACAUUGUUUGUGUACACAGUGUUUACUAAAAAUAAAGGUUUUGUACAAAUGACUUUGGCUGUUAUGGUGUCCGCUCGUCAUCUCUGCCAGACGUAAAUAAUCGAUUUCCGAAUGUGAAUGAAUGAAUCUCAUAUGAGGCUCCUUUUGUAACUAGAAGGUUUAUAUUGUUUGUCACUUGCGACAAAACAACGAAUUAUCCGUGCAUUUAUAUGGAACUAUGUUUUAGGAGCUAUUCAUCUUUACUCUCCUCCCUCCUUACGUCGCAUUCGGAGAUCGCUACAUCUUGACUGGGAAGAUGGCGGCGAUCGGAAGCCAAAUCAACCAAAGUCAGUUGUUCAAAACCUUCUUUUUAGUAAACUCUGUGUACACAAACAAUGUUCUCAAUGCUCGAGUUCACGUGUAGAGACACAGGCGAUACUUCGAGCAAAGUAUCAUGUUGUGUCGAGCCUUCUUAGUGUUGUUAAAAUAGCGUUUUUGAUGCUCACAACAUAUUGAAGGCAUAGCUUUUAGUUCUUUUGCGACCACUUCAGGUACUCAAAAUGGCGGAAGACAAGUGAGUGACGUCAGCUGAUAUUCAUGUAUACAUUUCUUUGUUCUGUUGAACACAAAGGAAGAUAUUUUGAAGAAUGUUUGUAACCAAAGCGAUCAGAGGCCCCAUAUUUAUUUUUUCCUACUAUGGAACUAAAUGGGGCUUCUGAUCGGUUUGGUUACAAACAUUCCUCAAAAUAUCUUGAGAGUAAGUAAAUGAUGGUGAACUAUCCCUUUAAGACAGUAAAAUAUACUUGGAUGAACCCAACCGCUGGGUUAAGUUACCCCAGAAAACGUUUAUAUUUGACAACAAUCCAGCAUUUUGAGUCGAAACAACCCAUUAUUAGUUUAAUUACAACCCAAUAAUGUAGGUUGGGUUCGUCAUUUUUGGACCCAACUCUGGGUGGAAAAUAACCACUGCCUCUUUUUUUCAGUGUAGCUGCAUCUCUAAAGGAAUUACAUAUGACAUCUAGUCUGAUUUAAAUCCAUAAUCCAAUUUUCCUUAGUUACAAUCCACAUUUUAAAGCUUCAUAGAUAGUGACAUGUUUUUUAUGCUGAUAUUUAAACAGAGAUGUUUAAGCCAAAACAUUGAAUGGUAAUUAGCCACCGUGAGAUUAGUGAGAUUUAUCAGAAAUAUAAUUUAUAAUCUGACCCUUUGCUCAUACUGUAGCUAUGCACUUAUGUAAUUCAUACGUUUGAGUGAAGUAUUUUUCUCCAAUCUCGAGUUGGAGUGGUGCUCAUAAAUUAAAGUUCAGUCCUAUUUUAAGUGCUUUUAUGGACUUUGAUGACAGUGAAUUAGAAGAACAUUGUUGUAUGCAUCUCCCAAGCCAAAAUGACUUGAUGACUCUUUUAUAAAUAAGACAUUAGUGCACUGUAAAAUAAUGCAUUAAGUAUAAUCAACUUGGAUUUACAAGUCAUUUCAACUUUAUUUAACAUUUCAAUUUUUUAUCUUGAGUUAUUUAAAUCUUAAAAUAUAGUUAAGCUAAUUCAACCUAAUUGCAUACUUGUCAGUCAAGAUAAAAAUAAAAGUUGAAAUGUCUUGAAAUCCAAGUUCAUUAUACUUAAAAAUUUAAGUGCAAAGACUGGAGAUUCAGAACAUUAUCACAUUCCUUAUAGCAUCCAGCUUUGUAAAAAACAAUUAAUGUUUAGCUAUUUAAAAACCCAGCCUGUAAUAUCCCAGAUAGUACCUCUACUUGAUGGUCAAAGCCUUGCCAUAUUUCCCACAGCUACCUCUAAACUCUCCUUUCUUACGUUAAGCCCAUUCAUCUUUGCUUUUUCAAGGUCACUGGAGUGCCUUUUUUUUAAAUUAAAGCAACAAUGAUCUUUGUUAGGAAUACAUUUUGGAGGAACUACCUAUUUACAAACAGAAAACUUCAGGUUUCCGUGCAAAUUAGAGAAGACAAAAUGUGAUUUUUUGAGUGAGAUCUGAUGAUAAUCAAUUUUCUUUACAAGCCAUUUGUAACCUAAAUCUUAAUGUUCCAUAAAUUAAAUCUGAUGUUGUAGCUUUGCUCACUUUACAAAUGCAUAUCAGACAAAUGAUCUCCCAUCCUUUUUAAGUGUCCCUUAACCUGGUUGGUCUUCUGAGCUUGGUCGUAUGACCUCUACGUAAGUCAAACAGAGAGAGAGACCUGAGCUCAGGAGCUUCACUCUCAACCAGUUCAUCAAAUGCUGCAGUUUUAAAUCAAAUCCCAAUGAUAAACAAGGUAGUGUGUACAUAAAAUAAUGAGAUGUUUUUGUCUGAUUGGCCGUCAACAUACUGAUGUACUGAUCACCCUCAUGUCACCCUGUUUUAGCAAUAUAUAAAACACCACGUUGCUUAUUGUUGUCGAUAUUAUUUGCUAAAUUAUUAUAAAAAGAAUGCGUGUAUAUUUCUUGUUUUGUCACCAUUUCAUUCAAAUCUUUUUCGAAUAGAAAGAUGAUGACAGAUGGAAAAUGCUAAACCUUUCAAUAUGUUUUAACUUGAUUUCAAGUAUACUGUACAUAAAUACGCAAUUUGUACUCUUUCUAUCCUCGUGUAGGAAACGUUGAAUGUCUCUGCCCAACUUUGAGCUUAAAUUCUGUGUCUUUCUUCACCUGAAUAAAAAUGUGGGAAGAUUUUGUGUAAAUAGAAACAUUUUGAAAAUGAAAUAAAAGCAUUGAAGAUUUCUUCA